UGUGAUGUACUCACUUACAAAACUAUGUUCCUCAAAAGGGGACGCAAUUUUAGCGAGAGGGAGUGGAUCUAACUUCACUGGGUCUCAACUCGUUUGGUACUUCAACACCUCUUUCUCUCUUCAUUGCUGCAGUGAAUAGGAAAAGUCACCCCGUGCGCGCUGUCAGAGUCCAAGCAUAACGAUAGCGGAUAAUUUUAACAUGAUGGGAUUUAACCGAAGACAUAUGGAGCUCUGCAAAUGAGUUUACCAUGCAGCGAACAACAAUCUGAUUGUGGAAUAACACUUUCGAGAGAGUGACGAAAAGUUUACAAAUCGGAAUGGGAUUCUACGGAGGCAAAUAUGUAAAUUAUACCGGCUCUGGUUUUAGAACAAUCUUUUCAGGAUGUUACGAGACCUCCACACCAUUUCCUGAGCGAGAAUGAAAAUAAGAUUUGCCUUUCCAAGCAGACUGCAGAAGAAGAAUAUCAUUUCUUCUUUAUCAUUGCUGCUGGUGAUCUGUGCCUUCCUGCUACUCUUCCUAAAGUUCACUGUUAAAUACAGCAUUACCAUUGAAACCUAUGGGUCUACCGCAGGCUACAAUGAUGUUGAGCUGCUCCAUCGCUACAACAUUGACUGCAAUGCCAUCUAUAACAUGGAGCCGGCCGAGUUGGGGAAGUCGCUGGUCAUCAGAAAACAGGUGGUGGUGGAAGAGCAGGACAAAAGCUUGGUCAACCUGACCUCCAACUGCCCGCGAUACCUCCGCUCCCGGGGUUAUGGAGCUGUCCAGGUGUCUGAGGAGGAGCAGGCCUUCCCCCUGGCCUACUCACUGGUGGUCCACAAGUCUGCCUCCAUGGUGGAGAAGAUCCUCAGGGCCGUCUACACCCCUAACAACAUCUACUGUAUCCACUACGACCUGAAGUCAUCAGAACUGUUCAGAGAGUCCAUGGAGGGUCUGGCACGCUGUCUGCCCAACGUCUUCAUCGCCUCUAAGCUGGAGGCAGUGACGUACGCCAGCAUCAGCCGCCUCAAUGCUGACCUCAACUGCCUGUCUGACCUUAUAGGGUCAAAGGUCAAGUGGAGGUAUGUCAUCAACCUGUGCGGUCAGGACUUUCCCCUGCGCUCCAACAUAGAGCUGGUUGCUGACCUGAAGAAGCUCCGGGGGGGUAACAUGAUGGAGACAAGUCGCCCCAGCGAAUUGAAGAAGCAGCGUUUCUCCUUCCACCACGAGCUGCAGAAAGCGUCAUUCGAAUACCACCAGCUGCCGGUGAAAACCAACAAGGCCAAGGGGCCUCCGCCGCACGGCAUACAGAUGUUCAUCGGCAGCGCGUACUUUGUGCUCUCGCGGGAGUUUGUCACUUAUAUGAACACGUCUGCGCUGGCCAGGGACUUCCUGGUGUGGUCAAACGACACCUACUCCCCAGACGAACACUUCUGGGCCACGCUGACACGGGUGCCGGGUGUGCCAGGUGAGGUGUCACGGGCCCAGGCCGACAUCACAGACCUGAUGAGCAAGACCAGGCUGGUGAAGUGGAACUACCUGGAGGGACCGCUUUACCCAUCAUGCACAGGGAAACACGUCCGCAGUGUGUGUAUCUAUGGGGCGGGGGAGCUGCGCUGGCUACUGAACUACGGCAGCUGGUUCGCUAAUAAGGUGGACGACAAAGUUGAUCCGGUCCUUAUCCAAUGUCUUGACGAUAUAUUACAGGAGAAACAGAGACUCUUGGUCAAGGCUAUGAAGUCACAACAAAAGAUUCCCUCCUCUGUGUUAGCAGUUGAUGUUAUUCUUCAAUAAUACAAACUCCAAAGCAAAUCAGGGGGAGAAAAAUGUAUUUAUUUGAGAAGGACAAAUCAUAGAUGUUAUGCUGGGAGGUAGAUGUUCAGUCUCCCCUGUCCUCAGCUUUUCUCAACAGAACAAAGGAACAGGAUGCCAUUGAUAACCCCCCACCCUAGCCUGGGGUUGACCAAUCAGAAGUCCUUGCAGUACAACUGGGCCAAUGGCCAAAUAACAAGUAUCCUGCUCCAGACUCAAUGUACAGACCAAUGAAAACGUGGCACACAUAGCUCUGAGUCCAGGACUGACAUUACACAGAUUCUAAACAGCUGUUGAACUGAAGACCUACUAUUUACAUUGACAAUUCCCUAUUGAUCGUUAAUUCUAGUACUCUCGUCCUCUCAUCCUCUGCGCUGUGUAUUUAUUUUCAAAAUAUUCUUAUACCUGGAAAAGGUUAAAUAAAUGGAUGAUUGAUUAUUAAUGGGUUAAUUCAUGUUGGAAUAUGGACCUUUUGUAAUGCUGUUUUUGACAGCACCAUUUUUGUAUUUUUAAAGACUUUUGUUUUUGAGUUGAUCAUGUCCGAGAUUCAAUUGAUGUGACAGUGCUUUAUGGUAUGUAUGAUAGUGGAAUGCUUGAUGAGAUAGUGGAAUGCUGGAUGAGAUAAACUUGGGUAUCUAUGUUAGGGUUAUACUCUCAUUUUGCAACUUGAGACUUGAAGUGGGGAAUGUUUGUGAUAGUCUGACCUUUAUGUAAUAUGGAUUAGGUUAACCAGGGUGUAGCCUUGGCUCCCAGGGUGAAAGCAUGUGAAAACCAGGGUAUGAUGACUACAGUAUGUAUACUGACUUCAGAAAGUAUUCACAUCCCUUGACAUUUUCCAGAAAUUGUUGUGUUACAUCCUGAAUUUAAAAUAGAUUACAUUGAGAUUUUGUGUGACUGGCCUACACACAAUACCCCAUAAUAUCAAUUCAUGUUUUUAGAAAUAUUAAUUUACAUAAGUAUUCACACCCCUGAGUCAUACAUGUAAGGAUCACCGUUGACAGCAAUUACAGCCGUUACUCUUUCUAGGUAAGUCUCUAAGAGCUUUGCACACCUUGAUUGUACACUAUUUGCCCAUUUUGUAAUUAAUAACUUCACCAUGCUCGAAUGAAUAUUCAAUGCCAGCUCUUUUUUUAUUUUGACCCAUCUACCAAUAGGUACCCUUCUUUGCGAGGCAUUGGAAAACCUAGCUGGUCUUUGUGGCUGAAUCUGUGUUUGAAAUGCACUGCUCGACUGAGGGAUGUUACAGAUAAUUGUAUUUGUGUGGUACAGAGAUUAGGUACCGGUAGUCAUUCAUGAAUCAUGGGAAACACUAUUAUUGCACACAGAGUGAGUCCAUUCAACUUAUUAUGUGACUUGUUAAGCACAUUUUUACUCCUGAACCUAUGUAAGCUUGACAUAACAAAGGGGUUCAAUACUCAUAAGACAUUUCAGUUUUUAAAUGAGAAAGUGAUAGUUGUAUGUAUCAGUUCAUUAGUCCAGACAUGAAGGUCUUUCAGACUUUAUAGCAUUCCCAGAAAGCAUGCAUUAUUGAGUCAUUAUUUAUUUUACACGUGAUGACAUGCUACUGCCUUUGUGCUGUAGAAUUUGUGAAUUUUGAAACUUGUAAAAUGAUUGUAUACGUUAGUUUAUACUGGAUUAAGCGUAUAGUUUCGUUAACUGUAAUUUUGUUAGCUAUGCUACAACUUUCCCUCCAUCUUGUGCCAACAUCAGUUAUUUUUAAGUCUUGGUUCCAAUAGUAAAAACAAUUUUCUAAGAGAGUUGUCAGUUGGAUAUGCUCUCUGCAAUGUUUUGUAUGUCUUCCCCUGACUCAAAUAAGAUUCCCUCAAGGUUGCUCUGAUGUCCAAAAUAUUUCAAAUUGAAAUUUUAAGGUGCAUAUAUUCCAAAAUUACUUUUUCAUUCUGUCAUGGAAAUACAUUUAUUUCCUGUUACCAAGUCAUUUACAAUUUCUAUGUCUUUAGUUUUCCAUGUGGACCAAUUUAUCAAUGAUUUCUGAAAAGCUAUCCAAGGAUUGUUCUAUAAGGUUGUUUUUAGGGAGAGAUAUUGAAAAUAGACACAUAAGGUUUCUGGGGAUGAGCAUGCCAUCUUCAAUAUGUAGUUAUUGUUCCUCUUUAGUGCAAUAUGUCACAAGUAAAAGCCUUGGAUAGCGAGUUUCCAAAUCUGGAAGGUUUAAAGAAUGUAUUUUGUGGGGUAAUGCCAUUCUAAUAAGGUUUAUUCUACCUGUAAUAUUUAACAGAAGAUUUGUCACGAUCGUCUAAAGGAGUAGACCAAGGUGCAGCGUACUUAGAGUUCCACAUGUUUAAUAAAUAAGAAACUCACCAAAAACAAUACAGAAGAAAACGAAACGUGACGUUCUGGGCUGCUCACAGGGAGCUACACAAAAACAAGAUCCCACAACUAAAGGUGGAAAAAAGGGCUGCCUAAAUAUGAUUCCUAAUCAGAGACAACGAUAGACAGCUGCCUCUGAUUAGGAACCAUAGUCGGCUCAACACAAAUAAAUAUAAACCAUAGAAUGCCCACGCCACACCCUGACCUAACAACCUAGAGAAAUAAACCGUCUCUCUCAGGUCAGGGCGUGAUAAGAUUAUUCCAUUUUAAUUAGAUCUGCUUUCAUGUUGAGUAAUGGAAAAAAAGUUAUCUUUAGCUAUUUGUUUGUAGUCAUGUAUUAAGCAUCCUAAGUAUUUCAUAUAAGCGUUAUUUUUCUUAAUUUCCUCUCUCACAUGUUCAAACUGUCAAGACGGUUCUCCCGAGUGGUGCAGCGAUCUAAGGCACUGCAUCUCAAUGCUAGAGGCAACACUACAGACCCUGAUUCCAGGUUGUAUCACAACCGGCCGUCGUACAAUCGGCCCAGGGUCAUCCGGGUUAGGGUUUGGCCGGGUUGGCCGUCAUUGUAAAUAAGAAAUUGUUCUUAACUGCCUUGCCUAGUUCAAUAAAUAAAAUAUGGACCUAAAUAAAUGAACCCCUAGCUUAUCAGUUGCCUGCUGAUUGCAUUAAUACAAGUACCUACAAGGGAGUAAAAUGAGUGUGUAUUUAAUGGUGAAUUAGAGGAUUAACAGGGGAAAUGUAAUCUCUGGAACAAUAGUUUCACCCCCCCUUACCAGUUGGCUAAAGUUACCUUUACAAACAUAGUAAAGACACUAACGAUCACACAUGAUCGCUCCUAUUAGUAGUGAAACAACCUCUUUUACUAGGUUUUCCAAUCUUAGUCCAUGGCAGCAGAAUUUCAAAAAUUAUUAGAAACAAUCAAUCAACUUACACAUUGUGAAAUUAUUAUGUGAAGCAUCUAAUGAUGCUGAAGGUAGCAGACAUUUUGUCUCCUUCGUUUUUUUCACUCGUCAUUGAAUAGAAGUCUGGUUUUAACUGGUUGUAUGUUCAAAAACCUGUAGGUCAAAAUGUUGUAGAAUAUGGGUAUUUUCUGAGACUGUAGGUUUUUGUUUCCUACCAAUAUACAGUACAGUAUAGUGUUGUCAUCACGGUUUCAUAUUUCCCCGGUAUUUUACCAAUGUUCCAUCCCUAGAAGAAAUCACUUUUUUAAUGUGGUAUUGUCAUUCUAAAGCAUUUGGUUAGAGCUUUAAUCAGCAUGAACAUUCAAGCCCGAUGCUACCUGAGUCUGAUGAGCCAUUUAAUUGAAAUACAUUUCAUGAGCCAAAGCUCAAAAAAGCCCAAAUGGUUGUCCUGUUAUCCAAUACAUAUAAUAAUUUGUAGGCUGAUGAAUAGCUAUUAGUAUAAGAAAGUCAAGAACCCAGUUACACAAGGAGGGCUUCAGACCCAGGGCCCCCAAGCUUAGUGAUAAGUUUAGAGGGCUCUAUGGUGAGCUGUAGUCGUUGAACAGCAUUCUCACGUGGGCAUUCCUCUUGUCCAGGUGGCAUAGGGCAGUGUGCAGUGCAACAGCGAUUGCAUCGUCCGUGGAUCUGUUGGGCGGUAUGCAAAUUGUAGUGGGUCUAGGUUGUCGGGCAAGGUGGAGGUUAUAGUCCUUGACUAGCCUCUCAAAGCACUUCAUCCUGACAGAGGAUAGUGCAAUGGGGUGGUCAUUUAGUUCAGUUACCUUAGCUUGCUUGGGUACAGGCACUAUGGUGGACAUCUUGAAGCAAGUGGGGACAACAGACUGGAAUGGGGAGAGGUUGAAUAUAUCCGUAAACACCCCAGCCAGCUGGUCUGCGCAUGCACUGAGGACGCAGCUUGGUAUGCCGUCCAGGCUGGUAGCUUUGCGAGGGUUAAAACACUUGAAAGCCCUACUCACGUCGGCCUCAGAGAUCGGGAGCCUGCAGUCCUCAUGAGCAGCGGGGGGCCCACAACGGCGGCUCUGUGUUGUUUUCCUCAAAGCAGGAGAAGAAUGUGUUAAGUUUGUCUGGGAGUUAGGCUUUGUGUGUCCACAAUGUGGUUGGUUUUUCCUUUAUAAUCUGUGAUUUUCUGAAGUCCCUGCCACAUGCGUCUCGUAUCUGAGCCAUUGAAUUGCCACUCUUUUUUUGUCUCUUUAAUGUCUUUUUGCCUAUUUGAUUGACUUAGAGGUUGUAGCUGGUCUGUUAGUUCUCAUCCAUGUUCCUGGUCACCUUACAGUUGCCUGCAUUUAUCCCGGGAAAUGGGAGAGGGUUUGGGCAGGAAAUCUCAGUAAAUCUUGGUAACCUGGUUCCCGCUAUUCUCAUAGGAUACCCUAUAGUCCUCUGGGAGGCGUGGGAACUUGGGAACAGCCCUUGAUAUAGCAGUUUCUGUUACUGUAAGACUUUUAAAGAUCAGGGUGAGUUUAGGCAGGCUUCCAACAACGUGAAAAAGUUGUUACAAUGUGUGUGUGUGUGUGUGUGUGUGUGUGUGUGUGUGUGUGUGUUGCUUUUCAUUGUUAGGGAGUGAGUUCUGCAUUCUCAACCCUUUGCCAAUUUGGCAUUCCCAUACAUUCCCAUACGAUAUCAGGAUGUGCCCCUCAUUGUUUGAUUUUUGGGUGAGAGGUACAUGACCUAUGCUAUGUUGGCAUUGCCUGACGUCUCACCCUGAAUUGAAUUCCCUGCACUCUAUCGAUUGGUCCAUACAUCAGUCUGAACCUGCCAUCCUAGAAGUUGUUUGUGCUGAAGUCAAAAUAGCAUCGCUUUCUGGGACCAUUCAGAAUGGUCGGAAUGUGUUUGUAUUCUAAAAGAGUACGGAAGGAAAGCAAAUCCAGACUCCUCAUGGAAAAUAAACAUUAGUGGGCGCAGAAUUUGACUGGAGUGAAGUGUAUGGGUAGCCAGGCAAUUGAUGGCAUACAGUUUGCAUAAGUAUUUGUUGUAGCUUACAGGCAAAACGAAGGUAAUUAUUUACCUUAAACAAACGUGUGUACAUAGCAUACAGUAGCACAUAAUGUACAAAGAUUAACAGUUGGGUUGUCAUGCCCUGACCAUAGAGAGCCCUUUUAUUUCUCUAUUUUGGUUAGGUCAGGGUGUGAUUUGCGUGGGCAUUCGAGAUUUUGUAGUUCUAUGUUCCAUUCUAUGUUUUCUAUUUCUUUGUUGUUUGGCGAGUAUGGUUCCUAAUCAGAGGCAGCUGUCUAUCGUUGUCUCUGAUUGGGAAUUAUACUUAGGCAGCCCUUUAUCCCACUUUCAGUUGUGGGAUCUUGUUUUUGUACAGCUCAGUAAAGCCUGCAGAACGUGACAUUCGUUUUCUUUUGUUUGUUGUUUUGAUUUAGUGUUCUGAGUUACAAUAAAGAUUAAUAUGAGCACUUACCACGCCGCACCUUGGUCACCUCAUUACGACGAACGCCACAUGGGUCAAUAUCACUAAAAGUGUUAUUUUCUGUCCUCAAGAUAAAUCAUUUAAAAUUGUAUAUAAAAAAUAUACACUAGAUCAAAUUUCAGAAGGAUCCUUAUGUGUGUAUGCCUUCAUGAUAAUAGAAGCGUAAUGACAUAGACUUCAAAGUACAUUUUAUUUCAGUGGAAGGAGGCAAUUUUUCAAUGUCCCAAGUGCUGCUCAAUAAAAAAAAAAAUGUAAGUAGGAAAGUCAGUUAACAACAAAUUCUUAUUUACAAUGACGACCUUGUCAGUUCAGGGAUUUGAUCUAGCAACCUUUCGGUUACUGGCUCUAACCACUAGGCUACCUGCCACCCCAAUCAACUUCAAUGAGAAUAAUUAGGAAUAAAAUGAUACAUUUAAAAAAAUAUUUCAUAAUUUUCAAAUUUUCUUCAUUAAAUGUUAUCUAAUGUAUAGUAUUUCUAUGUUAAAUGCUGCACUUUUUAUAAGAAUAUUCACGAAUAUUGACUAUUUUCUGUACGUCCUUUAACCGUAAUCCCUAACCAUAACCCAUAACCCUAAUCCCGAUCUCCUUAACUUUAUCUCUGACUCUACCCCUUGAAUCCUAACCAUGCAUUUAAUGUGUUUUCGGCAACGCCAGCAAGGGGAACGAAUUAGGGGAAAAAACAAACAGAAGACUCCAAAAAGAGAGAGAGCAUUUAAAAUCAGAAGUGGCAAAGGAGAGGGGGAAAAAAGAAAAAUACAGGAAGAGGUGUGCAAGGAUUAGGGGAGAACAGGCAUCUGUAUCGGCUCGUUCGAUAGUCAAAGCAUUGCUGAGACGUCAGAAUGUGACAUCACCUAUUAAGAGGGCUCUUCUCUUUCGCACAUCUCUCAUUAAAGAUUUCAAAACAAAAUACAGAAAUGCAUGGAAACAGAAGAACAAGCAAAUCAUUGCAAAAGUGACCUCUGUAAAUAUACUGAAGAAGUAUGCCCAGACGGUGUUGGGCUUUUCAAAUAAGAGAGUGAAGUUGGAAGCGGACCUUUGCUCUUUUUUUACGAGGAAGGGAAGCAGAACAGAAACAGAAAUCAAAAGGAAAGUGAAGGAUGUCUUUCUCCGUGAUGAUGAUGAUGUAAGACCGGCCGGAAACAAACCGUCACACGACUAAAGAACAAAAUGCAGAAGAGGCUUCUGACUGACACAAUGAAUGUAUUUUCUGUGUUGUUUUUCCACAAUGAAUAUGUAACUAAAUAGCAGUUCCAAUGUUGUUACUACAUGUAUUACUAUGUAGAUAUCUAUUCAGUGUUCAGUGUCCAGGGUUGAAUAUAUGUUCUGUCCCAUUA